AUGCCGCCCAAAAGCACCUUGCCAAAGUACACCAUCAGGGUUGGGCUGAUUUGGGCCGUGCCUUUGGGAACUUUGCUUUUGGGCUGCUUCCAUUGGACUCCGCUGCUGUUGGCGCUGCUGCUGACGCCCCUGGAAGUCCCCAAGAUUCGAACCCGGCUCUUUGGCGGCCGCGCAAAGAAACUGUUGCCCUGUUUGAAGGUACCAGCUUUGCUACGGCUGUCUUUCCUGUGGGUUCUUCAGGUUUGGUUCAUCAUCCUGUGGAGAGCCAAUUCUCAAGAUGCUCCCAGCAUCAGUGACACCUUCGACGAGGCUCGGAUUUCGGUGGUCCUGCCCUGCGCCGGAGAGGGUCUUUACGCUCUCAACACGGUGCGCGCAGUGUACGAAUCCCUGCCACCGGGCCUCCUGCGAGAGAUCAUCGUGGUGGAUGACGGCAGUCAGCCGCCCUUGUCGGAGAGUUAUCUCACCCAGGAGGUCUUAGACCGCUAUGGCGUGACACUGAUCCGCCAUGCGGAGACGGUCGGCCUCAUAGGUGCCAAAAAGGAUGGCGGAGACGCUGCCACUGGCGAAAUCAUCGUCUUCUUUGAUUGCCACGUAGCACCUCAGCCUGGCUGGCACGAGUCCUUCCUCAGGCUCAUUGGAGAGAACUAUCGCCGAAUCGUGACGCCGGUGAUCACCGACUUGGACGUGGGGACGUGGCAGCAACGUCCAGGCGGCGGUGGACAGGCCAAGUGCUACUUGACCUGGGACGCGGACUUCAAGUGGUUUGAAUCCGACGACCCCUACGUGCCCAUUUUGUCCGGUGGCCUUUUAGGCAUCAGCAAGCGCUGGUGGAACGAGACCGGAGGCAGGGCUCCUGGCAUCGCUACUAGGGGCUCCUGGCCUUACUAG